GCUUGCUCUUUUUUGCAAAGUAGACACAUAGGCUAAAACGUUAGCACCUUUAGGGUGUAGACUAGGGUGUUGCCAAGUUGCCCCACGUCUUUGUCACCAUUGUUGGCGAGCCAGGGCCAGAAGCUUUGCUUCUGCCGCCUGGCUCCAUAACAGGGUUACGUACUCAACAAUUAGAGGAGCAUAGUUUAGUCGUUUCUAGGCUUCCUGUGACGUUUUGCACUUGAACAUGGUUCAGCUUUCACUAAAACAAGGCCCGCACACAGACUAAGAUCGACGGACCACAGGUCUCUUAUCUGUCGAGCAGGAGUUUAAGGCGGCAAAGCAUUAGCUCCCUUGCUAAUGGAGUCUCCAGGUCCUAGCGGGCUGGGGCGAGCAGCCGAGGCACUCAGCAGGACAUUUUCCAACACUCCUGAUCAACUUGGCCUUACUCCGCGGGCGUCCCCAAGCCUUCAACCCCGUACGCUACCGUCAUACAGCCCAGAUGUUAUGGUCUUUGGCACGCCCGAGGUCCGUGGAACGCCCGCCAGGGAUGCCCGAUUUUCAUUCCUUCCGAACGUGCCAGCACAAAAACAGCCUGACCAAGCCUUUCAGGAUCACAUGGAUCAGCACGCUAGAGAGCAGCUCACAAAAGAAUGGGACACUUUGUUUCUGGGCGAGGGCCCGGACGACAUCCGCAGCGGGGUCGACGUUUACCGUGCUUUGCGAAAGGAUUUGCGCUCUAUGGCCUGUGCGCUGAAAGGGAGCUUUGGGUUGGUGGUGGAUAGCUGCCACUACUCCGGCGGUUCCCCGCAGCUCCAGCCCUGCAUCGCCGAGCUAAAGAACGUGGCCAAGGAGAUGGCCAGCGCCACCCGCAUGGCCACCGACAACUACAACCUGCAGGUGGAGCUCACGCUGCAGAAGCACGCCGCGCAGCACCUGCUGGCGCAGCUGCACGAGGCGCAGCUGGCGCGCAUGGCCAUGGAGGAGGAGAUCAAUUCUCUGCGCGCCGACUGCCAGCUGGGCCACCAGGUGGCUCACCUGCGCCAGAUGAACCAGGCGCUGCAGGACCAGGCGCUGCAGGCGGAGGGAGAGAUGCAUGAGCUGCGGCUGCAGGCGCGCAGGAUGGAGGAGGAGCUGCAGGCGGAGAGGGGCAGGGCGGCGGCGCUGGACGCACGCCUGCGGGAAAUGGAGCUCUUCGACGACGGCGCCUGCAUGACACCUCCCGGGGAGCGCCGCGCCUCCUUCGACAGCUGCGGUUCAGCGGGCACCGCGCUGGCGUCAGUGGCGGCAGCACUGGGGGCUGCGGCAGCGGCGGCGGCAGGUGCAGCCACGACUCCCGGCACCUCCGGACAGCAGCAGCACCCCCACAGCGGCGGCAGCUGGGUGGCAGGCGGUGGCCGGGGGGCAGCGGCGAAUGGCGGGGCAGCAGGCGGCUUGGAGGGCGAUGCAACGCAUGUGCGGCACAUGCAUGCGCGCGUCCAUGAUCUGCCUCCCGAGCUGCGGCGCCUGCUGGGCAAGGUGCUUCGCCGGCGGGACGCGGAGGCGGCCCGGCUGCGGCAGGACAACGAGCAGCUGCUGGGCGAGGUGGCGCGCCUGCGAGCUGACCUGGCAGCCACCGCAGCAGCAGCAGCCGGCACUGCUGCUGCAGCAGCAGCGGGAGCCGCGGGAACUGCGGCCGGCGUUGCAGUUGCGUGUAGCGGUGCCACCGCCCCGCAGCGGGUGUCCUCCUCGGGAGGCAGGACUGCUGCUGGCCGCGCGCCAGGCAGCACUGCGCGCGUCAGCUCUGAAGGGGGCGACGGUGCCGCGGUUGUUGCGGGCGGCGGCGCGGUGCGGGCGGAGCAGCAGCGGUCGUGCCGCGUGAGCUCGGACUCUUGGAACACGGAUGAGGACUUUGAGUGGGCCACCAAGCCCGUGAGUGACCCACAUGACAGCCAGCAGCAGCAGCAGCAUGCACAGCAGCAGCAGGCAGCACAGCAGCAUGUGCAGUCGCAGGACAUGCAUCAUGAGGAAGACAUGCGGAGAAUGAGGCAGGCAGCAGCGGCAGCAGACGCAGAGCUCGAGGCCGCGCGAGCCUGCAUCUCCCGACUGGAGUCAGACGUCUCCCGGUUACAGGGCGAGGUGACAGAGGCACGCGGGGAGCUGGCGUUGCAGCAGCGGGCCGGGGCGGCUGCCUCGGAGGAGCUCGAAGCGGCUCGGAAGCGGCUCGCCCAGCUGGAGGCCGAGGUGGCAGCGGCGCAGCAGCGGUGCGAGCAGCAGCACAUGGCCGCAGCCGCUGUCACUGCAGAGCUGCAGGCCGCGCAGGGAACCGUUUCCCGGUUGCAGGCAGAGCUGCAGGAGGCGCAGGAGCAGCUGCAGGUACAGGAGCAGGCCGCCAAGACCGCAGCAGCGCAGCUGGAGGCGUCGCUGAAGCAGCGCCUGGCGGUCGCGGAGGCGCAAGGGGAGGCUCGCGCCAAGGCCGCGCAACAGGCGCAGGACCUGUUGGAAGACGCGCGGCAACGCAUGCAGGAGCAGCAGCACCAGCUGCAGCUCAUCCAGCAGCAACAACAGCAGCUGCUACUCCAGCAGGCAUCGCCGAUUCGUUCGGAGCCCUCCACCGACCCUGCCGGAUCGGAACCCUCCUCGGCGCUCACGGAGCAGCUCUCAGCGGAGAGAGACGCCCUAGCCGCGGAGCUGCGGGAAGCCCGACGAGAGGCAGCGGCAGCAGCGGAAGCAGCCGUCGCAGAGGCCACCUUCGCCAAGGCCGCGGCCGCCUCCGAAACCUCCCGCCUUGCCUCCGACCUGGACUCCGCCCGGGAGAUCAUCUCCUCAUUGGAGACCCAACUAGCAGCGGCCACCGCCGCUCACGCGGAGUUGCAGGGGCGGCUAGCUGAGGCUGAGCAGCGGGAGCGGCAGGAGCGGCAAGCUCGCGACAAGGCCGUCAAGGAGCUGGAGACGGCCCGGCAGCGUGUGACGCGACUGCAGGCGGACAUGCGGGAGGUGCGGGCGGAGGCGCAGGUGGCGCGCUUCGAGGCCACAGCGGCCUCACGUGACGUCAAGGCGGCGAAUAGCGAGAAGCUGAAGGCGCAGCAGGAGAUGGAGGAGGCGGUGGAGAGGGCGCGGCAGGUGGAGGCGGCGCAGGAGGAGUUGCAGGCGAGGGUGAAGGCGGCGGAGGGGGAGAGGGCACGGCUGGAAGAGAGGGUAGCUGAGCUGGAGGCUGCUGCUGCGGCGGCGGCAGAGGGCAGCAACUUGGGUUCGAUGCCGGCAACGGCAGCAGCAACGGCGGGGUCGGCUGCGGAGUCCGCUGCGCUGGUUUCAGAGCUGCGGACGGCGUUGGAAACCGCCCAGACGGAGUUGGCGGCAGCGCAGCGGCGACUGGAGGAGGCUGCGGAGGGGACGCAGGCGGAGCUGGAGGCGCUGCGGACCGAGCUGGCAGCCGCCCAGGCGCAACUAGCUGCCGUACAGACGUCCUCCUUGCAGCGUGUGGCGUCCCUAGAGGAGCAACUGGCGCGACUGACGGCUGCUGCGGCGGUGGCGGACCAGCAGCAGCAGCAGCCGCAGCGUCAGGAGCAGCAACAGCAGGAGCAUGAGCGGGAGCUAGGGCAGCUGCGGGAGAAGCUGACGGAGGCCCAACAGCGUGUUGGCACGCUGGAGGAGCAGCUGGCGCGUGCCACUGCUGCAUGCAGCGCUACGACACAGAAACAACAGGAGCAGCAGCAACAGCUGGCACUGCAGCAGCGGGAGCAGCAAGAGCAGCAGCAGGAGCUGGCGAAGGUACAGGGCCAACUAGCAGACGCGCAAGAGCGGGUAAGGGCACUGGAGGCGCAGUUGGAGGCGCUACAGGGGAGCCUAGCAGAGGCGGAGGCCGAUGCGGCGGUGCAGCAAUCCGGGUCGCGCCGCGCGUUACAGGAUGUGGAGCAGCGGCACACGGCAGAGCUGGAGCGGCUGAGGGGGCAGCUGGCUGAAGCAACGGCAGCAGCGGCCGCUGCUUCGGCGGCAGCUGCGGCGGCGGCGGCGACAGCUCCCUCGGCAGCGGCGGCGGGGCCAGCGGCAGCAGGGUCGCAGGGGGUAGGGUCAGAGGGCGGCGCACUAGCAGAUGUUGAUGAGGCGGAUUGGGAAGACGGGGCAGAGGGCGGGGACGCAGCGUGCAACCCGGUGGUGCUGCGGGCGCGGUGUCGGGCGUUGCGAGGGGAGCUGGAGCUGGUUCGGGGGCGGCUGGCGGCGGUGGUGGAGGUGGCGGAGGCGGCGGCGCGGGGCCGACUGCAGGAUGCGCUGGCGGAGGCGCAGGCGGCGGCGGCGGCGGGCGAGGUGGUGACGGAUGAGGAGUUCUGGAAGAGAAACAACGAGGUGCAUUCGCUGCACACGCUGCUCAGCGUGCUCCGGACCACCUCCCUACACCAUGGCCCAACCACCGCCUCCUCUGCGGGCGCCGCCGCCGCCAGUAGCAGCUCCACCUACGGAGACACUGCCGCGGACGGCGCCGGCAGCCUGGUGGGCUGCUCCUCCUGCUCCUCCUCCGGCCAGCUAGCAGCCCAGCAGCGGCGCCGCAUGCUGGCGUCCGUCCGACUGCGGUGCGGUCAGGUGGCGGAGCUGCUGUCAGAGGCGGCGUCCUUGGCUGCAACGACGGCAAGUGAGGGCGGAACACGAGCAGCGAACACGGCGACGAUGAGGGGGGCAGUGGGGGCCGCGACGCAGCCGCUGUCGCCCGGGGCAGGGGCGGCGGCGGCGGCGGCGGCAGCAGGGGCGGGUUCAGAUGCGCUCCAAGGGCGCCGUCGCGGUGUGUCUUCAGGGGGGGAUUCGCAUACUGGGGUGGCCAGCGGCGGGGGCGACUGGCCGGCGGGGGCGGUGCAAGACGACGCGGGCGGUGCAGGCGGUGCGGAGCAGGGUGGUGUAGCAGGUCCGACGGCUGGGUGUGUGGAGCUAGGUGGCAAGUCCGAGGCUGCAGCUCACCCCGCCGGCGGCAUCCCAGGUGGCGGACUGUCCCUCGCAAGGACCUCCGCUGACGGCCCCGCCUCCCACUCCCUCUUCAUUGGCGGCGGCGGCGGCAUCCGGCACCACCACCACCACCAACACAACCACCUCGAGCAGCACCCGCAGCAGCAGCACCCGCACCCUGCUCACCACCUCACCUCGGGCCCCCUGCUGGCGGCCGGCCCCAGCAGCAGCUUCACCUCAGAGACCGGCAGCAGCCUAGCGGAUGACGACCUGGCCAACCUCAGCAACCUGUACGAGAUACCUCCCAUGGCGGAUCCACCCAAGUUUGACUUUGGUGACUUGGAGCUCUCGAACCUGACGCUCUGAAGACGCUUUAGAGGCUGUGAAAGAAAAAGUGUGGGGUGGUUGUGGCAAUGUGGUUGGGAAAACUGGCCGCGAGUAGGAGCGUACUCGUAAUGUGGUUUACUGGUUUUGCAUACGGCGGAUGCGAGCAUGGGGUUCCAACACAUCGCUGGUAGGUAGGUCUCAUGACGCAAGAAGGGGCCGUGUUCGUGGUAAUGUGUGCGUGGUGACGUGACCGCACGCAGGACAGGGGCAGAGGCAGAUGAAUUGCAGACAGGCCCCGCAUGCAUGCAUGCAUGCGUGCGUGUUAUGUGCUAAUGCUUGAAAGAGGGGCGUAAGGGAUAAGAUACGUGCUGUGUUGGUAGGAUAUGUGUGCAGUGGCAGGGGUGUAUGUUUCUUACAUUUGUAGGUUUUAUCGGUAGUGUCUGCUGCACAGUGGUCGUGACGGAUUUUACGGUUGCGGUGGCAGCAACCGGACGUUUUUUCCGGACGCUCUGUAACCCCGUCCGCGUGUUUCUCGAUGGUCGCCGUGAAUUGGGACUGACUUGGAAGGCCGUUACACAAGUAUCCCUGAGGGCUACAAACGGCGUGUUUUAGGCUAGGCAGUCAUGGUGCCAUGGAUUACCGGGCUCUUUAUAGCCCGGGCUCUUCCUCCAGUGCAAUUGAGCAUGCGUCUGCUUAGGACUCUCUUGUAAGGUCUGGCGCGAACCGGGCUCGGUAUAAAUGGAGAACGGCGACAUCUUAAUGCAGAUGAAGGUACCUAUGGAUUAUAUUGGGUAUAAUUCUGGCGGGACUGCGCGCUUCUUUGGGACUGCUGGCGGGCACCGGUCACUUGCUGCUCGGCCUUCGCUCUACAUGGCAUGGUGAAAACCGCGGUUUCGGCAUUGUCUGCUGUGGAUGGUUUACUAUUUCAACUAUCUGACUUCACAAUACACUUUGGAGAGCUCUAUGCAAGGAUGGCAGCAAGGCUCACAGUUUUGGACAGACGCGGGCGGAGGUUUCCAACGGGCGCCGCUAUGCGUAAUACGCGAUGCAACGCCCGAAGCCCUCAGACGGUAGCAUGCUUUGACUGUUAUUUUUACUUUUACAUAGCAGUGACUUAUGAACGCAUAGUUCGCGGUAUUCGGCAGGCCGACGGUAGUUGAGCGGGCUCAUGGGAAGAGCAGGAAAAAGAUGUACUACGUUUGCCUGCUUGCCAUAUCUACAGUUGACGCUGCAAAAUCUUAGGCCAUUACAAACACGUUAGAAGUAAACAUUACCAGUAAGCAUCGCGAGUUAACUGCACCGCAACGAAAUUCGACUAGGUACAUUUCGCUCUCGACCAACUUACCAUGGAGGACGGACAAAACAGCAGCGUCUUCGACAAACUCACAGACACAAGACGCCUCAUGCCGCCUCCCUCCCGCGGCGGCUGCCCCGUGCUCUACCAGCGCGCCGGCAGCAACGACGGCGGCAAGGGCUUCCCCACACCGCUCAGCCCCACGGGUCCGCGCCCGGGCUCCGUGGGUCGGCGGCACCUGAUCGCGAACUGCCGCUCCGACUCACCCGUGCGACUGAACGACAACGGACUGGCCUCGCCCAGCCGCAUGUUUGACCGACUGACUGCCGACCCCCCGUCCCACAAGCUCCGUUUCUCAUCAGAUGGCCGCAUCCGGGCGCCGGAGGGACGCACCUUGCCGCCCGCGCAGGUGCCAGCCGCGGAGAACGUCGUGCGAUCGUGAGCGGUGUGGGCACCUGCUUGCUUGGUUGAGUGAAACUAUCGGUAGUUAAAACCUUGCUUCCAUGCCUAGUUAUUGACGAAACUUACCUGUACUAGGAUACAAUCGCUUCCAUGUUUCCUUUAUGGGACUAUCCCGCACCCGGUAUUGGAGGGUGUUGAGGUAUUGGCCAGAUCAGCUAGGUGGGUUGCUGUCACAGGUUAAUCCGUACGGAGGGAACAAAGCGUACAUGGACAGUGUGUGCGAGUUCCCAGAGAGCGAGAGCGGAAAUUACAGUAUGUGUGUGAUCAUACGGGACUUAGGCGGGUCAGGCGGGCUUCGCAGGUUGGGCUGUCUGUGCUGACCCAUGGGUCGGGUCGGGCUUUCAGUCACCGGUCUGUACCUGGAUGCAUAGCAGCGGAGGCUGGUCAGAGCCUACAGAAAUGCAGCAUAGCGGGAUUCCUAACCAGUGCCUUACAUGCAUCCUUCUUCGUAAGAUAGGUAGGCCGGGUAGCACGGGAGCGCCUCCAUCAGGGGUUCUCGGUUGCAUGCCACUUCGGGAUGGCUAUAAGAUAGCAGUAAUAAGAUAGAAAUGCUUUGGAAAAGAUGGUUAUUGUUGGACGAAGGCCUCCGUACCAAGGCAUCCGGUUACGGCUUCUGGCCGGUGUUGCCACCCUUGCCACACUUGAUGUUACGUAAGUAGUUAAAGCUUUUUGUUGGAUUCUUGGCGUACGCGCCUCUCACCUCUCGUAGGAUGUGCCGUUCUAUUCAUGCUGGGCUAGAUUACUGCAAUAAUGCUACCGGUGUCGUGGCUAGAUGAGGACUAGCUGGGGUGCCGGUAUUUUGCUUGUUCGAAAGGACUUGGAUGGGCUCUUCCUUGUGCGCAUGCUGCCUGUGUGAUUGAGUGACCGAGCAUGGUGGUGAUGGGUACGACGCUUCUUCAUUUCAUUUCCUGUGUUGGCUGUUGCGGGGCCCUGAAUGCACGGUGGCAUGUACAGACGUCCCGUUGGGGCCCGGCGUGGUGAUUCCUAGUAUUGCUGAACUACGUAUGGGAGGCCCU